AUUACUCGAAUCACGGAUAACUGUGGGGGUAUUAUUGUAAAUAUACAAUGGUGGUUUUCAGUAUACAGUAGUAGUUCCCAUUGGGCUAGGCUGUAUUUAUAUAUCUUUUUUAGUAUCGUCGUCUUCUCCAAUAAUGGAUCACACCAUUUCUGUUAUUUCCCCUAGAAAAUUCCGCAAACCCUAGAAAGAGACCAUUGAAACAGAUCAGAUUGGGCAAGAGGAAGGGGAAAAGAGAUAUCAGAGAAAGAAUCAUCUCCUCUCUCUCUGAUCAGCAUUUCCCGAAUGAAAUAAACCUAAACGAUCUCUGUUUUUUUUUUUUUUUUUUUUUUGUGAAUCUCCAUUGAGUCAGUAUUUAUAUACAAAAAAAAAAAAAAAGGAAAAGGAUGAUUUCGAAUCCGAGUUUAUUGUCGUACACUUGCAUCGCGAAAGGAACCGUAGUCCUCGCCGAGUUCGUCUCAAAAGAAGAGCCAGGAAUCGAAGCCGUAGCUUUACGAUGCAUCGAGAACACGCCUCCGCAUCAUUCGAUGUUCUCCCACACUGUUCGCAAAAAGACGUACACGUUCGCGAUCGACGACGAUUCCUUUGUUUAUUUCGCGAUUCUCGACGAGACUAUGGAGAAAUCCGAAUCGUUCUGGGUUUUGAAUCGUUUGAGAUCGGUUAUGGAGGAUCUGAUCGGAGUCGGCGGAUCCGAUGCGGAUACGGUUGUUAAUAACCCGGUUUCGCUUUGUCUUCAAUCGAAGCUCGAUCCAGUUUUCGCGGAGAUCGUUGGUGUUGGUGUUGUUGAUGUUGAUUUGGAAUUGGAUAUGGAUUUGGUUGGAUCGCCGAGGAGCGUAGCGAGGGAGAGUCGUAACCCGAGUAUUGAUUCGUCUAAAGGGAGGAGAGCUGCUUUGAUGCCGCUUUUGGGGAAACCGUUGAAGGCGUUGAAGAAGAAGAAGAAGAGGUUGCAUAAUAAUCAUAACGAAGCGGAAGGGGAAGAUGUCUCUUGCGAUGGUGUUGGUUCGAUGGAGGAGAUAUCUGAGAAGAAGGUUGAUUUAUGUGGGAAUGGUAACAAUGGAGUCUUACGCAAGGAAGUGAGAAAUGGGCUGUUUAGUGAUCAUCAUCAUAGACAAAAGGCUAAACAGAUAUGGAAGAAACAUGUUUGGGUUGUGUUGAUGUUUGAUUUCUGCAUCUGUGCUAUAUUAUUCGGAAUCUGGCUUUGGAUUUGUGAAGGGUUUCAAUGCAUUCAAGGGUAAAAAAAAAAGUAUCAUCAUCAUCAGUUUCUCUCACUUUGUGUACAUCUCCAAAUUUAUAUUAUUGUUUCAAUCUUCAUUGACAUCUUCUUUUUUUUUCUGAGUAUUCGUUUUUUUGGAUCGAAGAAUCUGAUCCUUUUUUUUUUGUCCACGUUCUUGUUUUUCAUCUUCUUUAUUUUUUUAAAGUCACAAAAAAAAGUGUUGUUUCCAGGAGGAAACUAGGGUAUAGGUUGAAUCCUGGUUUACAUUUGUUAGUGUGAUAUGUUCAUUGUACUUUGGAAGUUUAAUCAUUCACAAGCAAAAUGUGUGUGUUUUGUAUUA